ACUUAUACGUAAAAAUAUCAUAUGGAAUAUUUUAAAUGUAUAUGACACCAUAGAAAUUUAGAUUCGAUUAUCGAUUGAUAUAGAAUCGUUUGAAACAAAAAUGUUCGAUAAAAAUAAUGUCAGUUCAAGCAGUUCUGAAGAUGAAACAACAAAAAAUGCAAUGAAAGAAGCGACGGAUCAUCAAUUUCUGAAGAAUAGAUUUUUUGAUAACCACACAUCUAAAAAUUCAGAGAUUUCCAAAGAAACCAUUAAACAUGCAAAUGAUAACACAACAAAUGUAGUAUCAUUAAGAAAAGAUUUAAAUUAUCGAGAGCAAUUUUCCAAUAAUUUUGUAAGUCAGUCAUUCAAAAAUUAUGUUGCGAAAAAGUUAGAAGAAAUAAUAGAAAAAUCUAUUCGAAUAAAGAAAAAAGAAAAAAAUAAUAUUAUUAAUGAGAAAGAAUAUAAGGACAACAAUUAUGGUGUAAAGUUACUCAAUUCUUCAGCUGAGGUUUUAACAAUUGAAGAAGAAAAUGAAGAAUUUCCAAAGUUUCAAAAUAAAAGAAAAAUUGAAACAAUUAUAGAUGAAAAAGCAUAUUUGUUAAAAUGCAAACAAGUGGCUGUGAACCCUGAACAAAUAUUAUCUAAAGUAGAUACUAAAGCGUGGACAAAUAAACGAAAAGGACCUGAGUUUAAUUAUAAAAGAUUGAAAAAUGGUAUUUUAGUGGAAAAGAAGUGA